AUGCCUUCCCUCAUGAAGCUCGUUGCCACGGCUCUCGCCGUGGCCCCUGCUGUGGCCCAGACCUUCAGUGACUGCAACCCUCUCCAGGCAACCUGCCCGGCGAACCCUGGUACCACCGAGUCGGACCUGGUCUUUGACUUCACUCAGUCCAAUGCCUUGGGCAAGUGGAAGACCACCGCCGGCACGGUCAACACUGGUGGUAGCAAUGGCGCCGCCUUCACCAUCAACAAGUUGGGCGAUGCUCCCACCAUCCAGACCGACUUCUACUUCUUCUACGGUGAGAUCAGUGUCGAGAUGAAGACUGCUCCCGGUCAGGGUAUUGUCAGCUCCAUUGUGCUCGAGUCGGAUGACCUCGAUGAGAUUGACUGGGAGGGUAUUGGUGGUAACAAUGGACAAAUUGAGACCAACUACUUCGGCAAGGGUGAUACCACCACAUAUGAUCGUGCGACUUGGGUUGCUCUGGCUACUCCGGAAGAUGUUUUCCACAAGUACACCAUCAACUGGUCCAAGGAGGCCAUCGUCUGGUCCAUUGACGGCACCCCCAUCCGCACUGUCAACUACGCCGAUGCCAAGGGCGGUACUCGCUUCCCCCAGACCCCCAUGAACCUCCGCAUCGGUAUCUGGGCUGGUGGCUCCAGCGACCAGCCGGGUACCGUCACCUGGGCUGGUGGUGCUACCGAUUACUCUGCUGCUCCCUUCAGCAUGUACAUCAAGAGCGUCGAAAUCAAGAACGCCAACCCGGCCGAGUCCUAUACCUACUCGGACAAAUCUGGCUCGUCUGACUCCAUUAAGUUCACUGGCUCCAACGCUGUCAGUGCCCGCAGCACCACCUCCUCGGCUGCUCCCACCUCGACCACGGAGACCUCCGCGGCCGAGACUUCCUCGGUUGCGGCUGCCACCACCACUGAGACUUCCGCCAGUGUGGCUCCCACCACCGAGGCUUCUUCCACCCCUACCACCAUGGUGACUGCCGCUCAGAGCUCCUCCGCCUCUGCCUCUGCCUCUGCCUCUGCUGCUGGUUCUUCCACCGCCGCUAGCACCGGUGCCUCCAGCUCUGCUGCCUCCGGAGCUUCUGAGAGCUCUAGCGCUGCCGGUCCCACCGAGACCGGCUCCGGCUCCUCCAGCUCUGGCUCCUCCAGCACCGGUGGCAGCACGGAGACCGGCUCCGGCUCUUCCUCUGGCUCCUCCAGCUCCGCUGGUACCAGCACUAGCGCCUCGGCCUCGGCCAGCUCCAGCCCCGCCUUCAACGCGGCCUCCAGCUUGGCUGCCAGCUACAUGGGCCCUGUGUCCAUGCUCGCUCUGGCUGCUGCAUUCUUCCAGCUGUAA